UGUCAGUGACCCUGGCUCUUCUAGGUUCUGGUCGGCGGUGGGCGGGUCUGAGAAGUGCAGGUGGAGUUGCUACGUUCUGCUAAUUCAUCUCUAGGGUUUUAGGCCAUGGGGCAGCAGUUUGUGUGGCGGCUCCAGUCGAGGUUCAGCUCAAUCAGAAGAGCCAGUGUUAUUCUGCAACAUCUGAGAAUGUCCAAGCACACAGAGACUGCAGAAGUGCUGCUGGAGAGGAGAGGCUGUGCAGGGGUCAUAACGCUCAACAGACCCAAGUUACUCAACGCUCUGAGUCUGAAUAUGAUCCGGCAGAUCUAUCCGCAGCUAAAGAAGUGGGAACGAGACCCAGAUACAUUCCUGAUCAUCAUAAAGGGAGCUGGAGGAAAGGCCUUCUGUGCUGGAGGGGACAUCAAAGCACUCUCAGAAGCUAAAAAAGCAGGGCAGACUUUGAGUCAAGAUUUAUUCAGAGAAGAAUAUAUCCUGAACAAUGCCAUUGCGUCUUGUCAGAAACCGUAUGUUGCCCUUAUUGAUGGAAUCACAAUGGGUGGGGGAGUUGGUCUUUCAGUCCAUGGUCAAUUCCGAGUGGCUACAGAAAGAUCUCUCUUUGCUAUGCCAGAAACGGGAAUAGGACUGUUUCCUGAUGUGGGCGGAGGUUAUUUCUUGCCAAGACUUCAAGGAAAACUGGGUUACUUCCUUGCACUGACAGGAUUCAGACUAAAAGGAAGAGAUGUGCACAGAGCGGGAAUCGCCACACACUUUGUAGAUUCAGAAAAGUUGCAUGUACUGGAGGAGGAGUUGUUAGCCUUAAAGUCCCCUUCAGCUGAGGAUGUUGCUGGUGUCUUAGAAAGCUAUCAUGCCAAGUUGUUUUUCAGCCAAUACUGUGGAACAGAUUCUUGAAAACUUACGGCAAGAUGGUUCACCUUUUGCUAUGGAACAGAUUAAGGUAAUGCACGGAUCUUUUCUGCCCCAACUGACUAUGGACACCUUGGGACAGAGAAGCCUGUCUGAGGGUUGUCAGUAGUCCAUGGUAGUGUCCUAAUGAGCCAUGAGAGUAUUUCUCCUAAACCUUGACUAUAUAUAUACCCUGUAGUAAUAAGUAUUAAAAUUCCAGCCCAGAGUUUCUGCCAUGCCUUUGGUUAUUGAGAUCCUGAAUAAAAAACAUACAGCCUUUGUAUUUUCAGUAUGCCUUAAGCAGUACAGCAACUUCCCACCCUCCAUGCUGUUAGAAUCUACUGCCCUAUGGGUAGCCCAAGUUAUUACUGUGCUUCAUCUGGACUGCUAUAACUCCAAUUGGGCAGCCCUCAAGGCUCAGCCAACCCAUGGGGGCUUGUCCUUUAUCCCUCCUUCACGUUCUUCCUUCAUCCCAUGGUGGCUUCUUCCUUCUCUUUCCCUCCUUGUGGUCCUCUCUCUCCAAGCCUGGGAAGCCUCAACCCCACCUAUGUCUCUUCUGCCCAGCUAUUGGCUGUUGGCAUCUUUAUUUACCAAUAUAAUUGACUGUGGGCAGGGUCACUUUGUUUUCCCUGCCACUGUCUCAUGUUUGGGACAGCCAGUCUUGGGGGCGUUAGAAUACAAGCAGCAUUAGACCAACCACUAUAAUACCCAAACAUCAUGACUGCCUGCUGGUUUGAGGACCAAGCAAAGCUGGUUUUAUGUCCUUUGAAUGUAACAGAGGAGGACAUUGGUAGCAGUAUUGCAUUUCCAGAUGCCCCUUUGUAUUAUGGAAGAUGCAUGUAGAAACACUUAUUAGAAGGGUUAGACCACUGAAAAAUAGUCACCUAGUGAUGACACAUCACAGUGGUGAUUUAACCUAUAAGUAAUGUUUAAUGUAGAAGAUGUUUUUUAACCAAAUGGUUUAAUAAAGAAGGGGUCCUAUUUAAGCUAGCAUGUCUCCAUCUUCUGUCAUUAUUGAAUUUUACGUAGUUUUUCUCAGAGAUAGCAACACUUUGGACUUUCUACACAUAGCUGAUAAGAUUGGAAAGAAAACCAUUUUGGGAUAAGUGUUGCAUGCACUGGUGCUUGAUAUCGUGGAUGUGUCGUAAGAUUGAUUAUGAGAUGGAGUAUUUCAGAAUUCUAGGCUGAGGAAAAACAAGGUACGCUUCUUUACACUCAAAGGCAUCCUAGUGUCUUCAUCUGUAGAUUAAUCCAUGGUGUGCACAGCAGUCCGUUGGAUGCUGAUUCUGAUACAGUAAGACAUCCCAUUAUAUGAUACAUCAUACUGACUUUCUGUUCACAUCUGGGGUUAUUUGCAGGCUUUUAUGGUAAGAAUUAGUUUAGUGUGGCCAUGAGUGUUUCUCUAUGUGCUUCAUGAUAGCACAGAUUCAUAUAUUUGUUGGGUGUAUACCCAUAAGUAGCAUUACAAAAACCAACCACCUUGUGUAUAUACAUAUUUAUUAUUAUUCUUUCUUUCCUUUUUAUAAUUUAUUUUUUAUUGGACAUUUUUUAUUUACAUUUCAAAUGUUAUUCCCUUUCCCGGUUUCCUGUCCAUAAACCCCCAUCCCAUUCCCCUCCCCCUUCUAUGAGGGUGUUCCCCCUCCCCAAGCACCCACCCCCCCUCAUUCUAACACUCUUUCAGCACAGUUGUUUCUCAUUACAUUUGAACACUGGUUGGCUCCACAUCCUUAACCAUUUCUUCUUCAUUUGGUCAUUCGGGAGUACAUAAAAUAAUAUUGUAUUGUGAUUCUGAUUUGCAUUUCCAAUGAAGUCAGAUGGCAUUUCAUAUGUUUAUUGACCAUGUGGGUAUUUUUCUCAUGUGACAUACCUGUUAAUCUUUACCAUAUUAUUGAUGUUUAAGCAGGCUGAGUUUAAGUCCUCUGAUGGCAUUUGCAUUGCAUCCUUUCUCUUUUAUCAUCUACUAUGUCUUUUUCUUCCUGAUGCCAGGUUUAAUAGUAAUCCAGGUUGUCUUUCCCCUCCCUUUAUUGUUUAUUCUUUUAGACCCUUUUUAUUUAUUGGAUAUACUUGGCACAUUCAUAUAAUAAAAUAAGUUGUAUAUACGUCCCAAAGAAAAAAGUCAAUUUUAUGUUUUAUGUUUAGUCUCCAAGCACUCCUGUCAGUUUGGUGACUGUAGCAGGACUCACAAGACUCACACAAAGUCAAAACAAACAAAGGGAUCCACAUGAAGUGAGGGCUGGGGAAGCCCAGGCCCAGAGUCAUCCAGGAUCUUCUAUUCCCUCUGCACACGUCAGUGCAACACAGUACAGAUUCAGUGACAACACUGUCACUGGGGGCUAGGCAUGUAGUCACACUGCACCUGGCACAUGCCACCAUUCCAGUCUCCUAAUGGGAACGCUCAUGAGGGUUCUUCUGUUCAUACAAUGUGCUCUUUCAUUUAUUGAGGUCUAUCUUCAUUUCAGUGAUGCUGCAAUUUUGAUGCCUUUGAAAUGGUAUCUUUUCAAAGUUAAUCUUUUGUUUGUUGAGAUCUAGAAGUAAAAUUGAAUCCAAAAUCUUUAUGUAGACUUUGUACUUGUAUCUAGAACUUGUCUAAACUCAUUAAGGAAGUAUUUAUAUUUUGUAGAUUACUUUGAAUUUUUGUAAUUCAUCUUCAGUUCUAUCUGCUUCCCUGCCAUUCUUUCCAUUUUCCCACACCCCGUCCACGCACCCAUCUUCUUACAUUGGCUUCUACCACCAGCACUACUUGGUGGAAAUGGAGAGAGCUACUCAUGUCCUCCUCUUCCUAUCCUGGGGACAUCUUUUAAGAACCCUGAAGUUGCUAUUGCUGCAGGAAUCUCGUGGACAUUAGUUAUCAAGAUUUUCUUGGUGCCUACAAGGAAUUUUUAUCGUUCUGAGAUUAUUUAUCAUUUUUCUGCAGCUGUUGAGAUGCUAAUAUGAUUUUAGCCUUUUCUCUGUUAGUAUGGUUUACUGUAAGACUUCUGUUCACCCUAGUGUUUGGGUUAAAUUUAAGACUGUGUGUAUACUAGGUAAGAGUUUUUAUACCAGUGAGCUCUAACCCAAAACCUGUAGUAACUAUUUUUUUCCUGUGUUCCAAGGAAUAAAUGUCUGCUUACUUCCAA